AAAAAAAAUAUAGCUUUUGAAUAGAUUUUUUAUUUAUACCUGUAUUUUAUUUUAAGGAAAUCUAGAACAAUUUCAUCUUGACGACUUUUCCUGAUCUCUCCUAACUUCUUACUGCCAUGGCUUUCAUUAUUGCUGGAGCAGCUCUGGCCGCUGGCAUUCCUCUACUCUACAAGCUGGGAAAACGGUUAAUGAGAGACAAAGACAAGGACGAUGGGGAUACAGACGAAGACUAUGAUUUUGAAGAGAGCAGAAAAGUUAUAAAUGUACUUCAGGAAGACAUUCAAAACAUUAAGGAAACCAUUUUAUCUGAAAAAGAAAAGAUAGAGAAUCAUCAGAAAAGCAUCAGAAAAACUCAGCUUGAUAUAAAUGUCAAAGCUGAAUCCUUGAAAGUUCUAGAAAAAGAGGAAAAAUUUGCAAGUGAGAGAACUUUAGAUUAUCUCAAAGAUUUGAAUAAUGCAAAAGGGAAUAAUGACAACGAGGAACUCAUGGAACUUAAAUGUGAAAAUGCAAAAAAAGAAGAAGAAAUUAUCAAAAAAAGAAAAAAACUUGCAUCGAUGAAUCAAGAGAUGAAACAAAUGGAAACAGGAAUCGAAAAACAAGAAAGGGAAAUAAAAGAAAAGGAGGACCGAAUUAAAAAAAAAGAACUUGAAAUAAAAAUAAAAAUGAAAGAAGAAAAUUCCAUGUUAAGCGAGCCUUUUAUACCCCUUCCUGGAGAAUCAAAAAGACUGGAUGAGAAAGUAAAAAACUAUUUUUUACACGAAAUACAAGGACUUGAAGCCCUUCCUGAAGAAUGUAAAUUCGUUAACAUUUUGCUUGUUGGACCGACUGGGGCUGGGAAAUCAUCUUUUGUGAACACUUCUGCAACUGCACUGGAGCAAAAAGGCCGUCUGAUCCAUGUUGCAAAUACUAGAACAUCUGCUGCCGAAUCUGCAACGAAAAAGUUAAGCCCAGAGAUAUUAAAGAUAAAGGGUGACAGUAAUUUGACAGUAAGGAUGUUUGAUUGUAGAGGAUUAUCUUUGGCUGACCAGGAGACCAUUGGUAAAAAUGAAAUGGAAUUGAUAAUUGAAGGUCAUAUCAAACAGUAUUCAAGUAUAACAGAUGGCGGAUCCAUGACUGAAACAGAGGAUGUCUACAUUAAAAAUCCUAAGAUCAAAGACGAAAUGCACUGUAUUGUUUAUGUUGUCAAUGCCAGUAGAGACGAGGAGUUUCUAAAUGAUGACAUUAAAAAGGAAAUUAAGGGAUUGUUAGACAAACAGACACCAACCAAUAAACCUCAGUUCAUUUUACUAACGAACAUGGAUAAAGUGGUUCCAAAAAAAGAUGUCGAAAAUUUGUUUAGGUAUCGCUGUGUUAGAAGAGCAUGCAACAACGCUUCUAAAAUAACGCAGAUAACACCUGGAUAUAUAUUACCAACUGCAAAUUACACUCAGCCAGGGCCAACUAAUGUCAUGGAUGCUCUGUGUCUUCUCAAUUUAUUCAGAAUUGUUUCCAGCGCACACGAUUACGUUAAUCGAAGAAUAAUUGAAGAGAAGGAAAAGAACCUGUCUUUACCUUAAGAAACACGGGGAGUGUUCGAAUUCGCAAAUUUCACUAUAUCAUUUAAACUGUCAAUAUUUUUUUUCCAUACCAGUACUUAUCAAUUCUUUAUCUUGCUUAUUUUACAAUGAUUAUUAACAUAUACAUGUAGCAAAUAUCAAUAUUAUAAAUAUAAUGGAAUUAUGAUAUUCUAAUAUAUUAGUCGGACAUACAUUUAAU